AUGGAAGAUCAUCAGCAGCGCCCACCAUCAGCGAACCCAGCCUCCGCGCUGGAAAACUUGGAUGUUUCGACAAUUGUGCCCGAGAGCGUCCUCAGCCCCGAAGAAAUCCGGUUGUUAAAGCACAAGUUCGCCAAUUGCAACACUGCGGCUGACAAUACGAAAGUUCGUGCUGCACUUGCACGACUACCUGCAGCUCGUGCCUGCAAACUAUUUCGAGAAGACUAUCCGUCGCUGUCGGAGUGGGAAAUCCAAGCCGUCUUCACUAAGUAUGACGUCAAUGGGGACGGUCAUCUCUCUUGGAAGGAAUACUUGCAGACUCGUGCUUACUACCGCAUGCUGCUUGAAGAGAGCACUCAGAUGGAGCUACAACGCAUUUUCUCAAUUCUUGACACUGACGCUGAUGGUAUUCUGCUCGCACACGACGUAUUGCAUCGGAUCGAACAGACUGGACUGCACGGUGUUGGAAUACUCAAGCAAGUCAUCACUCAGGCAGUUGAAGCCACCAAAGGAGGCGUAAAAAGCAGACAGUAUUACCACCGCGAAGGCGAAAUCACAUUUGAGCACUUCUCGGCAACGAUCCACGAUGUGAACCGCAAGAUGGAGCAGGGAAUCGCUAUAAAGACUCUUCGUGUGAUUGAUCUGCAGCUGGAACAGCAGCAGCAACAGAUCCACCGCCUACGCAAACCCACAUCAGUCCCUGAUAAUAAACUGGAAGCGCUUCGAAUUGAGAUUGAUGUGCUCACCAAUGAGAUCCGACGAAUGAAGAAGGAGCUCAUCACGGAUAACAAUAACGCACUUGGUGAAGCGUGUGAAAAGCUCAUGGCCACGUAUGAAAACGAGCAGCACGUGUAUGAGUGCCUCAAUAACUUCAUCACAUACUGCAGCCUUCGCGAUGCCACCCUCUUUCGCUACAACUUGGAACGGGAAGGUAAGCGGGUCAAUAUUUUAAAUUCAAUGCUGCUCGCACCGCCCGAAAACCUCAAGGGGAUUCUAGAAACCUUGCUCAUGAACGCAACGCUGCGAAAGCAGUUUGCGUACUAUGCAAUGACAGGGAACGUAACCAAUCUGGUCUGGAUCACACGAACCAACUUCACCAACUUCGUUAAGGACUGCAAACUGGACCUGCUCCCGACGCCGGCGCUUAAGGAUGUAGACAUCACAAACAUUUUCGCAGCGGCUACUGGCACAGGAAAAGCCAUGGAUUUCGCGCAAUUAUUAUCGGCUUGCAUCCUCAUUUUCAAGCGUUCUGAACACUUGCAAGAGCCACUGGCAGACGCUGACGUGCAAAAGUUUGUAGAAGUUCAUGUUAUUCCACGGGCAAAGAUCAUCCGAGUGCAGCAACUAGCUCCAGAUAUCUCACAAAAUCACGUCAUGAAGCUUCUCAAGGAGCAUAUAUGGCAGUUCAAGCAAAUUUUCUCGCAUUUCGGAAUUCAAAGCCUCGCCGAGGUAGAUAGCAAAGUCCGCCUUGACAUGAAGGAAUUCCUUACAUUUGCAAGGGCAUUCAAUAUCGUUCGCUCACCUCCUGAUCGUGAUGGCGACCCCUAUUCGACACCAGAAAUGCCUGGAAACGCUUCCAUUGCCCCCCUCAGCCUCGUUGAUCUUAUUCGUGAGUACUAUGCUGCCAAGCUUGACAUCAGUAUCACAGAUUCCGACCGGAGGGAAGCACCGGAUCUGAGUUUUCGCGAGUUCCUUCGAUGUGUACAGCGAAUUUCAUUGGCCAUGCAUGCCCGCAGCACCAGCAAGCACGGUGCUGCCCGGGCAAACGGUGUGACAACGACAUUGUUUGAAGCAACCAAGGACGAUAGUAGUCGAUCACCCGAAGCAGUAUCAACUCCGCGUACUCCACGAUACCAGCGACGUGGUAACUUGCUGGCAGUGACUUCACCCACAAAAAAUUGCAAGAUCACGAGUACAUCCGUGAUCACACGGCUUCUCCAAACGUCAAGAGCGCUUGUAAUGUGCCAGCUUCAAAAUCAAUUUCAUCAGAUGGGGAACGAGGAGGAUCCACACCAUGAAAAACGUCCAAUGACCGUGAUAUGUCCUCCGAUAAAACCUAAAGCUGCAUCUCCGCUUAAUCCACGUCGGCCAUCAAGCUCUCAUAAAGCACGCCUCCGACCGCUAACAUCCGGUGGACCCCCACGCAUCCGAAUCAUUCUGCGACCAGCUACGUAA